AUGGUGGGGAAAACGAAGAGAAGAGGGAAAGAAACUGCAGUCGAAGAGGAACAACCAGAAGAUGGGUCAAUUCAGCCAGAGAUGAGUCACAAUCCAGAGUUAUCGACAAAGAAAAUUAUUCAAAUUAAUGAGAAAUCAGGGGAUAAGCAGUCCUCUAAAGAUGAAGGGUCAGUUUCUAGGGUUGAUAAAAAUUGGGGGAAUUUUGAUUUGAAAAAGAUGGAAGGCAUGAAUUGCAAAUUAGAGUUUAUAGAGCCUGCUAUUGUGAAUGAUAAAGCAUUAGCUAAGGUUAGCAAGGAUGAAUUUCAAGAGGUCAUUGAUUAUUGGCGGUCUUCUCUGAUUUGUUAUAUUCUAGGGGCUAAUCCCCCUUUCUAUGUGGUAAAUGGAUAUCUUCGUAGAAUUUGGGGACAGCAUGGAGUUGAUAAGGUUGAGGAUGAGUUUGGCAUUGUGCAAGAGCAGAAGGUGAGAUGUGAAUGGCUUCCAGUUCAAUGCUCUCAAUGCAAAGGGUAUGGACAUGAAACAGGGAAUUGCCGAAAAGUCAUGGCUAAACACUGGUUACAAAAACUCACUAAGACUGAUGGUGAAGCUUCUAAGGAGAAUGAAAAGAUGACAAGUAAGUUAAGUGACAUGGAGGUAAAAGGUGCAUCUGAUGUUGAUAAUAAUCAUAUCCAAGCAGAGAAAGGAUCACAGUAG